AAUCUGGAGCUGACGAAUCAAUGGCGGAGACAGCGAUCAGCAGUCCUGAAGACAAGCCGCCGGUCGUCGAACUGCGGCGGAUGAUGGUCAACAUCCUGGUCAUCAGCUUGGCGUUCACGUUCCUCUUCACGGCCUACCAGAGCACGGCCAACCUUCAGAGUUCGAUCAACACCGACGCCGGGCUGGGCACCGCGUCCCUGAGCACCAUUUACGUGGCGCUGAUCGUGUCGUGCGUUUUCGUGCCGACGUGGUUGAUCUCGGCCCUCGGAGUCAAAUGGACCAUGCCGGUUUGCAUGCUGGGCUACGCCGUCUACAUCGGCGCCCAGUUCUACCCGCAAUUUUACACACUGAUCCCGGCCGCCGUGGUCGUCGGUUUGGUCGCGGCUCCCAUGUGGAGUGCAAAAUGCACCUAUUUGUCGCACGUCGGCUUCCUCAGGGCGCAGGCCCUCGGCACUUCGGAAGAGGCGCAGCGAACGCUGCUUUUUGGAAUAUUUUUCCUGCUCUUCCAGUGCUCGCAGGUCAUCGGAAAUCUCAUUUCGUCCACAGUUUUAUCGUCAGGAGAUGUGGCGCCGAUAAGUCCCGAGAGUCCGCAACUGGAGUUUUGCGGCGCCAAUUUCUGUCCCUGGAUUGCUCUGGACGCGGCGCCCAGCGAAAGGCCGUCCGACGGCAAAAUCUACCUGUUGAUGGGCAUUUAUUUGGGGUGCGCAGUCGUCGCCGCGGCAAUCGUCGCCCUCCUCGUCGAUCCCCUCACCAGGUUUGGAGAUCGCGUUGGUAGUGCAAAAGGUCUCUCAGGCUUCAGGUUAUUGUUGGCAACAGUCAAGCACUGGAAGGACAAGCGGCAGUUGCUGUUGAUUCCCCUUACCGUCUUCAGCGGCCUCGAGCAGGGCUUCAUCGGCGCUGAUUUUACUCAAAGUUACGUGACGUGUGCGUAUGGCGUGCAAAACGUGGGUUACGUGAUGAUCACUUUCGGAGCAUUCGACGCCGUCUUCUCCUACGUGUUCGGCGCCGCAAUCAAACUGGUGGGGCGCCUGCCCAUUUUCACGCUGGGCGCCGCGAUAAACAUCGCCAUGAUCUGCACUAUGUUCCUCUGGAGGCCGACGCCGGACCAGCCGGCCGUCUUCUACGUCAUCGCCGGCUUCUGGGGCAUCGCCGACGCCGUCUGGCAGACUCAAAUGAACGCCUUGUACGGAAACCUGUUUGCUCAAAACGAGGAGGCAGCGUUCAGCAACUACCGCCUGUGGGAGUCUCUCGGGUUCGCGGUGGCCUACGCGUACAGCACGUACGUGUGCACCAACGCCAAAAUGUGGGUGCUGGUCGGCGUUCUCGUGCUCGGCAUGGCCGGCUACUACGGCGUCGAGGUCAUCGAGAAGAAAAACAAAAAACUCAAGUCCAGUUUAUGACUUAAUCAUUGUUUUUAAAUGUAAUUUACAAGAAAUAAUGCAUCUACAGCGAAACAUCUUCAAACGAGGCCUCAAGCUGAAGCUGUCGGCGGAGUUUCUGAAACAGGACAAAGAGCAGUGAGACUGUGCUAUUGUAAAUAUUAUUUGUACAUGUUAUUAAAAAACUCAAACACGAAA